CUGGAGCGGCGCACGAGUAGCCCUCGGACACCUCCCCACCCCGGCUGCAGAAGGGCCUGAGCUCCGCAGCGCAGCACCCGGCGGCCGGGGCGCCAGCCCCUCAUGUUCCGGAGAACGCGCAAAUGUGAUGUCAUGCCCAUUGCUUUGGUGCACCCAACCAAUCGGACUCGUCGCCUGGAUUCUACCGGAGCCGGCAUGGGCCCUUCCUCGCACCAGCAGCAGGAGUCCCCGCUCCCGACCAUAACGCAUUGCGCAGGGUGCACCACCGCCUGGUCUCCCUGCAGCUUUAACAACCCUGACAUGGAAACCCCAUUGCAGUUCCAGCGCGGCUUCUUCCCGGAGCAGCCGCCGCCGCCGCAGCCGCCGCCGCCGCCGCCGCCGCUGGCGCGCUCCUCGCACCUGCAUUGCCAGCCGCCGCCGCCGCCGAGCCAGGACAAGCCCUGCCCGCCCUUCGCGCCCCUCCCGCACCCUCACCCUCACCCUCAUCCUCAUCACCCGCACCUCGCUCACCAGCAGCCCGGCAGCGGCGGCAGCAGCCCAUGCCUCCGGUGCAACAGCUGCGCCUCCUCCGGUGCCCCGGCGGCGGGGGCGGGGGCGGGGGAUAACCUGUCCCUGCUGCUCCGCACCUCCUCGCCCGGCGGCGCCUUCCGGACCCGCACCUCCUCUCCUCUGUCUGGCUCUUCGUGCUGCUGCUGCUGCUGCUGCUGCUCGUCGCGCCGGGGCAGCCAGCUCAAUGUGAGCGAGCUGACGCCGUCCAGCCAUGCCAGUGCGCUCCGGCAGCAGUACGCGCAGCAGCCCGCGUCCGCCUCCCAGUACCACCAGUGCCACAGCCUGCAACCGGCCGCCAGUCCCACGGGGAGCCUGGGCAGCCUGGGCUCGGGGCCUCCGCUCUCGCAUCAACAACAGCAGCAGCAGCACCAUCACCACCACCACCCGCACCACCAGCACCACCAGCCGCCCCAGGCGCGCCGCGAGAGCAACCCCUUCACCGAAAUAGCCAUGAGCAGCUGCAGGUACAACGGGGGCGUCAUGCGCCCGCUCAGCAACUUGAGCGCGUCCCGCCGGAACCUGCACGAGAUGGACUCGGAGGCUCAGCCCCUGCAGCCCCCCGCGUCCCUGGUGGGAGGUGGCGGCGGCGGCGGCGCGUCCUCCCCGUCGGCCACCGCUGCCGCCGCCUCGUCCUCGGCUCCGGAGAUCGUGGUGUCCAAGCCCGAGCACAACAAUUCCAACAACCUGGCGCUCUAUGGAACCGGCGGCGGAGGCAGCACCGGUGGCGGCGGAGGUGGCGGCGGCGGCGGCAGCGGGCACGGCAGCAGCAGCGGUACCAAGUCCAGCAAGAAGAAGAAUCAGAACAUCGGCUACAAGCUGGGCCACCGGCGCGCCCUGUUCGAGAAGCGCAAGCGGCUCAGCGACUACGCGCUCAUCUUCGGCAUGUUCGGCAUCGUGGUCAUGGUCAUCGAGACCGAGCUGUCUUGGGGCGCCUACGACAAGGCAUCGCUGUAUUCUUUAGCUCUGAAAUGCCUUAUCAGUCUCUCCACGAUCAUCCUGCUGGGUCUGAUCAUCGUGUACCACGCCAGGGAAAUACAGUUAUUCAUGGUGGACAAUGGAGCAGAUGACUGGAGAAUAGCCAUGACUUAUGAGCGUAUUUUCUUCAUCUGCUUGGAAAUACUGGUGUGUGCUAUUCACCCCAUACCUGGGAAUUAUACGUUCACAUGGACGGCCCGGCUUGCCUUCUCCUAUGCCCCAUCCACAACCACCGCUGAUGUGGACAUUAUUUUAUCUAUACCAAUGUUCUUAAGACUCUAUCUGAUUGCCAGAGUCAUGCUUUUACAUAGCAAACUUUUCACUGAUGCCUCCUCUAGAAGCAUUGGAGCACUUAAUAAGAUAAACUUCAAUACACGUUUUGUUAUGAAGACUUUAAUGACUAUAUGCCCAGGAACUGUGCUCUUGGUUUUUAGUAUCUCAUUAUGGAUAAUUGCUGCAUGGACUGUCCGAGCUUGUGAAAGGUAUCAUGAUCAGCAGGAUGUAACUAGCAACUUCCUCGGAGCAAUGUGGUUGAUAUCCAUAACUUUUCUCUCCAUUGGUUAUGGUGACAUGGUACCUAACACAUACUGUGGGAAAGGAGUCUGUUUGCUUACUGGAAUCAUGGGUGCAGGUUGCACAGCCCUGGUGGUGGCUGUAGUGGCAAGAAAGCUAGAACUUACCAAAGCAGAAAAGCAUGUGCACAAUUUCAUGAUGGACACUCAGCUGACCAAAAGAGUGAAAAAUGCAGCUGCCAAUGUACUCAGGGAAACAUGGCUAAUCUACAAAAAUACAAAGCUAGUGAAAAAGAUAGAUCAUGCAAAAGUAAGAAAACAUCAACGAAAAUUCUUGCAAGCUAUUCAUCAAUUAAGAAGUGUAAAAAUGGAGCAGAGGAAACUGAACGACCAAGCAAACACCUUGGUGGAUCUGGCAAAGACCCAGAAUAUCAUGUACGACAUGAUUUCCGACUUAAAUGAAAGAAGUGAAGACUUUGAGAAGAGGAUUGUUACCCUAGAAACAAAAUUAGAGACUUUGAUUGGUAGCAUUCAUGCCCUCCCUGGGCUCAUCAGCCAGACCAUCAGACAGCAGCAGAGGGACUUCAUUGAGGCUCAGAUGGAGAACUACGACAAACACGUCGCCUACAAUGCUGAGCGGUCCCGGUCCUCGUCCAGGAGGCGGCGGUCCUCCUCUACAGCGCCACCAACUUCAUCAGAGAGUAGCUAGAAGAGAAUAAGUUAACCACAAAAUAAGACUUUUUGCCAUCAUAUGGUCAAUAUUUUAGCUUUUAUUGUAAAGCCCCUAUGGUUCUACUCAGCGUUAUCCGGGUUCUGAUGUCAGAAUCUUGGGAACCUGAACACUAAGUUUUAGGCCAAAAUAUGAGUGAAAACUCUUUUUUUUUUUUCUUUCAGAUGCACAGGGAAUGCACCUAUUAUUGCUGUAUAGAUUAUUCCUCCUGUAAUUUCACUAACUUUUUAUUCAUGCACUCAAA